CCGGAAUUAUAAACUAUGGUACUUGUAUAAUAAUAAUACCAUGAUUACGUACCAUUUAUGCUUCUCACGACAUGUUAGACUUGGACAAAUGAAUGUAAAAAUAAAUAAAAUAAAUAAAUAAAAACUUAUGACAUUGCUUAUAAAUAGUGUAAUCGAAAUGCAUAUACAUGUACCACAAAACAUAAUUAGCGAGUAUUAUUAAAAUAAUAUCAACAUGGCCGAAGAGAAGCACCACAGCUUAUUUCACCACAAGAAGGAAGGCGAAGAAGAAGAAGAAGUAGUCCAUGAUUAUGCUAAAGAAGAAAAACAUCACAAACAUGUCGAGCAAUUGACCGGUCUUGGCGCCAUGGCUGCCGGUGCAUAUGCAUUGCAUGAGAAGCACAAGGCGAAAAAGGACCCGGAGAAUGCACACAAACACAAGGUACAAGAAGAGAUAGCGGCGGUGGCGGCGAUCGGAGCUGCUGGUUUUGCGUUUCACGAGCAUCACGAGAAGAAGGAUGCCAAGAAGAAAUCCGAAGAGUGUGAUCCCUAGAUCAUAUUUAUUACUAUAUACAUUCCUAUUUAUGUAUCUCAUUUCAUGAUGCAAUACAUGCAUCCUGAUAAAUUGUGUUCAUUUGAUUCCCUCUCUUUUUUUUUUCUAUUUCACCUCUUAUAUGUUGUUUGCCUUUUAAGAUGAUUGUGAGGUUAUAAAGUGGCCUUGUGUUAUGUGCCACGUUUGAAAUAAUUAUUUAAUUUUGUACCAAUGUUUUCUAAGCGUAUAAUAUUGUUUAUUUCAUGUCGAUUUAUUCUUAUGUAAGUGAGAGAAAGGUUGUCUUAUUGAUUUGCUACUUUUUCUAAACCAUAAUAUCAUCAAGGGAGUAAAUGUAACAUUUUAUCAUUUACGAUGGGUUAAUUGUAAUGUAAUGUACCUUCUUUACAUCCAUUGCUAAGCUUAUGGGUUCUUACACCUGAUGAAAUAC